ACCCAUUCCACUACAAAAGCCUUUACAAAAGCCACUCCAUAUAUAUGCAUAAUUCACACUAAAUGACAGACACAUCACACAUGUAUUAAGGAUCGAAAAACGGUACGUGUUGCGUAAUAAAAGACUAAUCUAAUAAAGCAGUGGCGUAGGUUUUGUUUGUUUGUUUGUGGAGGGAUCAACUGACACUCCAAGAUCAUCUCAUCUAUCUUUCGCUAGAUAGCUUGGAAUUGCUUGGCACAAACAGUGCGUGACUUGAAGAUUAAUAUUAUAUACUGUUGUUUCAAUUCAUGGCUGGAAGACGAGGUUUAGCAAGACUACCUUGUGUAGUUCUCCUCAUAGUGGUUGCUGGGAUGGAAAGAUUUACUUUUAAAGGGGUGGCCUCCAACAUGGUCACUUAUCUUACGGAAGUUGUUAAAAUGAGCAACUCCGCCGCCGCGAAGAUGGUGAAUAAUUGGUGUGGUUUCACAUCUCUGGUGCCGAUCGUGGUGGCGCCGGUGGCGGAUUCUUACUUGGACCGCUACACCACUAUUUUGGGCUCUUCUUUCAUCUAUGUUCUGGGGCUAUUGGCUCUGACAUCCCAGGCCCUGGGUUGGCCAUGGCCGAGAGCUACAAACAACAACGGGAUUGGCUCGUCCCUCUUGAUGUGGUCUCUGCCGUUGAUUUCACUAGGCCUGGGCGGCUUCAACGCAUCAUUGCAAGCUUUUGGAGCGGAUCAGCUCGGAGAAGACGAGGACGACGACUUACCUCGUACCAAUGACGAUGGUGCCGGGGGCCAGAGCUCCGACAUCAAGAGCUCGUUCUUCCAAUGGUGGUAUUUUGGGAUUUGUUGCGGCUGCCUCCUAGGAGUUUCGAUCAUGUCGUACAUUCAAGAUACAAUCGGCUGGGGAUUGGGAUUUGCCGUCCCCACCGCCGUAAUGCUGGCGGCGAUUGCGCUGUUUCUGUGCGGCUCCCGGUUUUACACCGUCAAGAAUGCAAGAGAUAUCAGUAUUGCCGCGGCAAUCAAAACCACUGUGGCGUCGAAGUUUAAGAAUUGUGGCCGACCAAAGGAAAAACCCAACGUUAUUGAGUUGCAGCUUCAAGAUCAUCAGAACCCACUUUGCGACCAAGAUUCCGGUGGGGCUGAAAACCAGGAAAAAGGCAUCAAUGUGUCAAAAAUGGCGAGAGUAGUACUGGGUUUGCUGCCGGUUUGGGCGAUGCUUCUAAUGUUCGCCGUCAUUUUCCAGCAACCGGCGACGUUCUUCACCCGACAAGGCAUGACGAUGAAGAGAAACAUCGGACGAUCCAAAUUCAUGGUCCCGCCGGCGGCGCUUCAGAGCGCAAUCACCAUCUCCAUAAUCCUCCUCAUGCCGCUCUACGACAGGCUCUUCAUCCCCUCCAUCCGCGCCUUCACGCGCAACGAGCGCGGCGUGACCGUCACGCAAAGGAUGGGCAUCGGAAUGUUCCUGUCGGUGGUAGCCAUGGCGGUCGCCGCGUUCACGGAGAACAAGAGGCUCCAGAUCGCCGGCCGGCAGCCUCCGGGACAAGAAACCGUCGCCAUGAGCAUAUUCUGGCUGCUCCCUCAGUACAUUCUGUUGGGCGUUUCCGACAUAUUUACUGUGGUCGGAAUGCAAGAAUUCUUCUACGAUGCAGUUCCGGCGGACAUGAAAACCUUGGGCAUAGCGCUUAAUACUAGCGUGUUCGGCGUUGGAAACUUCUUGGGCUCCUUCAUCAUAUCUCUGAUAGAACAUUUUACCAGCUCGACCGGAAAACAGCACGGCUGGUUCUCCGACGACAUAAGGGAAGGUCGUUUAGAUAAGUAUUACUGGCUGUUGGCACUGUCAAGCUCGGUAAGCUUGGUAGCCUUCAUAAUCUUUUGUAAAUUCCUAAGGGUUAGAUGAUAAACAUUAUAUAGUAGGCACUAUAUAUUAUGUUUAUUAGGUAUAUAUAUAUAUAUACACACAAAAUUUUGUAUAAAAGCCCAAAGGGUAGAGAGCAAAGCACAACAAUAUAGUAAGCUAACGUAAUUUGUCAACUCCCACUAGUAGCUAAAUUGAUUCAUGAGUAAGGUAACUCAGCUGAACACAGAGAUUAGAUAUUUGAUG